AUGAGCUUGGGGAAGCUGCCGGUGCUCAGCUGGGUGUCAGGCUCCCAUGGGAAGCGGCGGCUGAAGUCGGAGCUGACACCGGACAUGAUCAGCCCGCCGCUGGGGGACUUUCGGCACACCAUGCAUGUGGGGCGCGGGGGCGAUGUCUUUGGGGACACCUCCUUCCUCAGCAACCACGGCGGGGCCGACACAGCCAAAGCCAACAACUUCUUCGCCCGGACACUGCGGCAUGUCCGCCGGACGCCGCUGAGGAGCCGGGGCAGUGGGGGCCAAGCGGGGUCAUCCCCCGCCCCCCCAGCCAUCUCGCCCAUCAUCAAGAACGCCGUCUCGCUGCCGCAGCUCAACGAGGGGAUGUACGAUGGCAGCAGUGGCCGGGGCUUGACCAGCAAGUUCUCCUUCAAAAGUGCCUCUAACAGCUUCUCCAAAACACACCAGGCCUACGGGCUGGAGUCUGGGUUUUGCACCAUCCCUCGUGUCCCCCGCUUGGAAAAGGCCCAAGAGAGCACCUUCCCUGGUGAAGAAGAGCUGAAUCGCUCAGACUCCCUGCUCUCCUUCCGUCUGGACCUGGGGCCCUCCCUGAUGAGCGAGCUCCUCCAGGUGAUGAGCUUCUCUGAAACCAACGGGAGCGAGGUAGGGGAGGAUGGCCCAGACCUCCUGUGUGGUGAGGGAACCAAGGAUGGGGUCCCUCCAGCAUUGGGUGCAUCCCACGGAGAGGACAAGGCAACAUCCAGCUUCUGGGACCGCUCUGGGCAGAGCAGCCUGUCGGGGGCCAGCUCGCUGCCAGGACUGUCGGUCCGUGCCAACGGAGAAGCACACGCCAUUGAGGGUGCUGGAGAGGACUCUGCCUGGGCUUCAGGGCCAGAGGCAGUGCCCAGAGGGACCCCGUGGCAGGGGCACUGGAAUGACUGCACCAUAGAGGCGGGAGAGUUUGACCGGGCAGCCCAGGUCCUGGCCCGCCAUUAUGGUGGGACCAGCACCCCGAGGAGCUCGGAGAAGGGCGAGGGUCCCUGGCAGGCCCGGACGCAGACCCUGUGGGAGAGCCCCAGCAGCAGCUCAUGGCGGUCACAAGUGACAGGGGAGAGCCGGUCCCCCGAGGCCACCUGGAACCAAGGAGAGGAGGAGGAAGAGGCAGAGCUCUGCAGCCUGCAGGAGGGGUAUGCUGGUGCCCGGGGCGGGCGCAGCAAUUCCUUUGAGUACGCCGACGAUGAGGAAGAUGAUGAAGUCAAGGUGUGA